AUGGUUGCAUUUUGCCCGUUCUGCUCUAAUUUAUUAUUUGUUGAAGAAAAUACAAUUGGUAGACUACAGUUCACUUGCAAUGUGUGCCCAGUUUUCUUUCCAGUGAAAAGACUGAUUACUUACAGGAAUUAUUAUAAACUGAAGGAAAUUGAUGAUGUAUUAGGUGGAGAAGAGGCCUGGAAAAACGUUGAUUCUACAGAAGCUCGUUGUCCUAAGUGUAGCCACGAUAAAGCAUACUUCAUGCAAAUACAAACAAGAUCUGCAGAUGAACCUAUGACUACUUUUUACCGUUGCUGUAACCCAGAAUGCAACCAUAAUUGGCGUGACUAG